AUGGUGACAAAAAGUGCCAAAGUACACUCCGGCUUGCUCUAUUUUCGUCGAUUAAGCUCCUCUAGACUUCAUGUGAGAUUUUCCAGCACAUGCACUGGAUUACCGACGACUUUUCCGAUUGAAGAGUCUUCGAAAGUGUUAAAACACCUUGCAUUUGUGAAGCCAUUGCCUUUCUUGAAAGGAAGUCAAAUUCAAGAGAGCUUUGUGAGAGCGCAGUUGGACAUGAAGAACCUCAAAUCGAAAAUUGAUCAGAAACUAAGAGAGGUUUAUUCUGCAAACACUGGUGCCACCAUCAACCAGCAUGAGGAAUUUAUUUUGAAGAACAUCCUAGAUAUGAAGCCUCAUCCUAUAGUUCUAACAUUUGAAUUUGAACCAACUUACACAGGUGGAAAACGAAGCAAGAAAGCUUUGUCUCCUGAGGAUAUCAGUCGAUUCGAGAAUUUCAUUCCAAAAACUCAAGUUAACAACCCUCCCCCUAAAUUCGUUCAAGCAGAAAGAGGAGGCCAAAUAACAUUCCAUGGACCUGGUCAAGUAGUAGCAUAUUUGAUAAUGGAUUUGAAGUCUUUUAAUCAAUUUCCAGCAAAGUGUCUGGUGUCAGCCAUUGAGGAUUCGACAAUAAGCGCUUUAAAAAAUGUUCCGCAGAAUAGCGAUGGGAGCACGCUGGAACUGAAAGCUUGCAAGGCUCAGGAAACUGGAGUUUGGAUUGAUGACAGCCUUAAAAUUGCAAGUAUUGGUGUGCAUGUUAGAAGAUCAAUAACGUCGCAUGGUGUAUGCAUCAACGUUUGCCCUGAUUUAUCGUACUUAAACAACUUUGUUAUGUGUGGGCUGCCUGAUUCUAGGGCUACAUCGAUCCAAGAGCAAAUCCCUCAAGCUUCCUGUACUACGCGCGAUGUUUCAAUUACAUUUGUGAAUGAGCUGGCCAAAAAACUAGGCAUCGAAACCGUGGAGAGGGUUGAGUUAGAGGACAUAGAUAUAGAUGAAUAA